AUGAGCGCAGCAGUUGCAGCUUUGUGUGUGUUAUAUCUGACCACACUAAGUGUGUUAGCUCAAGAAAAGACGUACAGCUUUCGAGAAGAAGAGCCAGAAGGAACAUUCGUUGGCAACAUUGCCCUAGAUCUGAACUUAGCCGCUCUGAUACCAGCAGAUGUCUUCAGCAAGCUGCACUACAGCAUAAUGAACUGGGGAGACGGGAGCCACUUCCGCGUAGAUGAAAACGACAGCGGGCUCUUCACAAAGUAUAAACUUGAUCGUGAACAGCUGUGCCGGUUUGAGGCUCAGUGUGUCUUGAAGCUUCGAGUUGCUGCCAGAUCAGAAACAGACGUCAAGAAAUAUUCAAUAUUUGUCGAUCUUCUCGACGUCAAUGAUAACCCUCCAAAAUUCAACACCAGUAGUUUUACUUUGAAUAUUCCAGAAUCGGUGACAGUUGGCAAAAGAUAUGCUCUUCCUGGUGCUGCUGAUGAGGACAGGUGGUCUGAAAACUCAAUCCACUCUUACAACUUUGAGCCCCCUAAUAUUGUGUUUAGUGUGGAGUUCUUUAAACAGUUAGAUGGCAGCUCCAGUGUCAACUUGGUGGUGAACGCGACACUAGACAGGGAGAUCACUGAGAACUACAAUCUUGUUUUAGUUGCCAAAGAUGGUGGAAUUCCAGCUCGGAGCGCGUCUUUGAUGGUUCAUAUACAAGUAAUAGACGAUAACGACAACACGCCCAAGUUUACGCAGAGCCAGUAUAGUGUCCAGAUGGGCGAGAACACGCAACAAGGUUCUGUCAUCAUGACUCUCUCGGCUGUUGACAGUGACGUUGGGGUCAACUCUGAUGUAAGUUAUAGGCUCAGUUCGCGACAGGAAACAAAAAUAGCGGAGCUGUUUCAUGUGGACAAACAUACCGGUCAACUGACAGCUAAAACGCCCUUGACCAGUGGCAGUUACACUAUCAUCAUUGAAGCUGUAGAUAACGGAUCCCCUCAAAGGGUCAACCAGACAGAAGUGAUCGUCAACGUGAUUGAUACAGAGAAUAACCCGCCCGUUAUUACUAUUGAUCCUUUGAACCAAGAUUCCAAACACGUCCAUGUCUCAGAAACCGCUAACAGGAACUCGCUUGUUGCCCAUGUGUCUGUGUUCGACCCAGAUUCUGGUCCAAACGGUAUUGUCCUCUGCUACAGCCAAAGCGCAUUCUUUGACCUCCACGCCCUACACGACAACGACUAUAUGCUAGUUGUGGUCAGGGCUUUAGACCGUGAACAGAGCCCGGAAUACCGAGUAGCUCUCUUCUGCGAAGACUCCGGAACGCCGCGUCUCAACACCACGAAUAUUUUCGAUGUUAUUGUAGACGACGUUAACGACAACCACCCAGUUUUUGACAAAACCAGUUAUCAGAUAUCUCUACAUGAAGGAAACGCCCUAAACGACGUCGCCAUGAUUUUGUCAGCCUCGGACUCAGAUGUCGGGAUUAAUUCUAAAAUUUAUUUCACCCUUCUCAACGACUCUAACGGCUUUUUCAAGAUCCCUGUUGGUUCAAACAUUUUAGUCUGUGCUAAACAGCUUGACCGAGAGACGCAGGACACGCACGUAGUAGAAGUCGUAGCCAGGGACGGGGGUUUUCCCUCACUGUCAUCCACAGCAACAGUCACUAUUUCAGUUCUGGACAUCAACGAUGAGGCACCUCGAUUCCUUCAGGCUAGCUACAGGUUCUCUAUACCCGAAGGGUUGCCAGCGAAGACUUUCGUUGGAUCUGUGUCAGCGCUAGAUCUUGAUCUAGCAGAAGGUGGAGAAUUUGAAUAUUCCUUGGUGAAAACCUCAACCGAAUCUCACCAAUUUCAAAUCCUAGACAAUGGCACUCUGAUAACGUUGACAGUACUUGAUAGGGAGACGUCUGCUUCAAACACUUUGAUUGUCCAGGUUAAUGACAAAGGACGACCAAAACUGAGUUCUCAGGUGAAAGUGCAGAUUGAGGUUAUGGAUGUCAAUGACAACGCUCCUGUGUUCCUUUUUCCAAGCGCAGGUAACAAUAGUGUUACCUUGAUCUUACCUGUGGUCGCUGAGAAGACUUUGUUCAGACUGCAGGCUAGUGACGCUGACGAAAGUGACAACGGAGACGUAUACUUCUCCCUAUAUGCGGGAAAUUCAUCUCAGAAGUUUGAUGUGGACCCAGCCACUGGAGAACUCCACGCCAUACGAACUUUGAACUCUGAUGACAUCGGAGUGUACAACCUCACCAUCACGGCUACUGAUAGAGGACUACGGCCACUGAACACGACCAGGCGUCUUUUAAUACAUGUUGUGAAUCCAGUUGUGGGUGCCUCACAGAAGUCUAAUACAAACACAGCGACAGUCAUCGGCGUGGUGUGUGGUAUCAUCUUUGUCCUUAUCAUUAUCGUCGCUGUGGCCUGCUGUGCUAAAAAAGUCCAUAAAGAAAAGCCUCUGCGAUACCUCGACAAAAACCAGAACAGUUCUGAGGAGAAAGUCAAGACUGGUGCUACAGUGUCCAACCAGUACAGCAGCCAUAAGCAGUCCAACAUUCAGACUUAUCCAAGAGUCUCGAAGACUCCAGACAUCAUGGUCAGAACAGGUGAGGCUGAAACGAGCGACAAGGAACUCAACAGAAUUACAAGUCUACGGCUGCAGCAAGCAUUCCAGCAUAUCAACAGUAUCAAGUCAACACUGAACAUCAAGAAGCCUCGCGAGUGGCGAGAAAUCCACAUACCAGGUCAAGCUCACGACUUCAGCAGUCUGAGUUCCCGAGGAACCAGCACCCACAACUUCGACAGCGGCCUCGGCACUGACGAUGACACCGCGCCACAUCAAAGAAUAACUUCACCACCACGUCCGCAAAUCAACGCCAGCAAAAACAACACUCAUCAUACUACCCAGCAGCAUUUACCACUAUUUACAUCCCGGCCUCCAUCCCAUCUAAGCGCCAGUUCUUCCUGCCAUCAAUCAACGUCCUCUUUGUCUAGUCAGCGAAGAAAGCCAGCAGCAGAGUUUGUUUUGUUUCGACCAUUAAGCGCCAGAAUCAGUGAUCUAUACCCCAACGAUACUAUUGACGAUCAGUGUACCACCACGUCGGGUAGCUACAGCAUCGACACCUAUGACCACAAAGGAUCAUGCUUUGCACACACGUCAAAUUUAGACUACAUACAUGACAUCUAUGUAUAA